AUGGCUGAGUCCCAAGAUGUACUGCUUCUUAAAAUUAAAGAACAAGGGGAUAUCGUGAGGAAAUUAAAAGCUGCAAAGGAAUCAACUGAAAAGCAGAAGAGGACACAAAAAUUUGUUUAUGAUCUUGAAGAAGUUGAUGCAUAUUUAUCUCAGUUCAGUUACUUAUCAGGGUAUUCACCCACGAAAUUAGACCUAGAUAUUUUGAACAAUUUAGGGCAAGAUCUAGAUUUCCAAAAGUAUAAAUACAUCAAGAGGUGGUGGUACCAUAUGCGGAGUUUCAAUGAGUCUGAUAUAAAUCUUUUCCCUUUAGCUAGCUCCCAAAAUUCAUUUGCAAAUCUGCAUAAAGGCAGUGAUAGGUCUCUUGAUGAGCAGAUUCAAGAGGAGGUUAGUAAGUUACUGGCUUUGAAAGCACAGUUAGGAUCAGAAGAUGCAGCUCCGCAGAAGUUUGUUCUUAAAACUCCAAAAGGUACUAGAGACUACAAUCCACAGCAAAUGACCAUAAGGAAUAAUGUACUACAAAAAAUAAUAGCAGUAUUUAAAAAACAUGGAGCUGAGUGUAUUGACACUCCAGUGUUUGAAUUGAAGGAAGUCUUAACUGGAAAAUAUGGUGAAGAUUCAAAAUUAAUCUAUGACUUAAAAGAUCAGGGUGGUGAAAUACUUGCCUUGCGAUAUGAUUUAACAGUACCUUUGGCUCGUUAUUUGGCAAUGAGCAAGAUCAAUACUCUAAAGCGAUAUCACAUAGCUAAAGUAUAUAGAAGAGAUAAUCCAGCUAUGACAAGAGGUAGAUACAGGGAGUUCUAUCAAUGUGAUUUUGAUAUUGCUGGUCAGUAUGAUCCAAUGGUACCAGAUGUAGAAUGUCUCAAAGUUGUGACUGAGAUUCUGGAUGCCCUUGAUAUUGGAAAGUAUGUAUUGAAGGUUAAUCAUAGACGGUUACUUGAUGGGAUGUUUGAGGCAUGUGGAGUUCCAGUUGAUAAAUUUCGAUCUACUUGUUCCACUGUUGAUAAAUUGGAUAAAUCACCAUGGGAGGAUGUAAGGACUGAAAUGAUAAAUGAGAAAGGUAUUUCACCGGACGCUGCUGAUAGAAUAGGAGAAUAUGUGCGUUUGAAUGGUGGUGCAGAGUUGGCAAAUAAAUUAUUAAAAGAUGAGAAGUUAUCCAAAACCAAAGCGGCAGUAGAGGGACUGGAAGGAAUGAAAUUGUUGUUAAAUUAUUGUGAUAUUCUAGGUAUUAGUGACAAAAUAUUGUUUGACUUGAGUUUAGCUCGAGGAUUGGACUAUUACACAGGAGUUAUUUAUGAAGCUGUUUUAACUCAACCAAUCAAAGUUGGCAAUGAAGAGCUGACAGUGGGUUCGAUAGCGGGCGGCGGCCGUUACGAUAACCUUGUUGGAAUGUUCGAUGCCAAAAACAAGCAGGUGCCUUGUGUCGGCGUCAGUAUCGGCGUUGAACGAAUAUUCUCCGUAUUGGAAUCGAAAUUGGCAGCGGGCGAUAUAAGUGUGCGUACGAAUGAAAUAGACGUAUAUGUCGCAUCCGCGCAGAAGAACUUCCUGGAAGAACGUAUGAAGAUAUGUGCGGAGUUAUGGAACGCGGGAAUCAAGACUGAACAGUCUUAUAAGAAAAAUCCGAAAAUGUUGAACCAGUUGCAACAUUGCGAAGAAAAUGGCAUUCCCUUGGCGGUAAUUCUCGGUGAAUCAGAGUUAAAGCGAGGCUUGGUUAAGAUCAGGAACAUCACAACGAGGGAGGAACAAGAAGUGCCUAGAGCAAAUCUUGUGGAGGAGCUCAAGACAAGGAUAAAUACAUUAAAUGUGAAAGAGAUGAAUGGUUCCUUACUCGUGAACCAUCUCGCGGACGAGUUCAAGCGCAAGUACAAGAAGGACCUGCGUUCGAACCCGUGCGCCAUGCGUCGCCUCCAAACCGCCGCCGAGCGCGCCAAGCGCACGCUGUCGUCUAGCACCGAGGAGAAAAAAUAA